UCAGUGCCAGGCGGGAGGCGGCAGCGGUUGGAGGCUUCGCGGGGCUUUGCAGCUGGGACUUCGGCGGCGGCGCCUCGGGCACCCGGGCUCUGACACCAUGCGGCGAGUGGUGCGGCAGAGCAAGUUCCGGCACGUCUUUGGACAGGCAGUGAAGAAUGACCAGUGCUAUGACGACAUCCGUGUCUCCCGAGUCACCUGGGACAGUUCCUUUUGUGCUGUCAACCCCAGAUUCGUGGCCAUCAUCAUAGAAGCGAGCGGGGGAGGGGCCUUUUUGGUGCUCCCUCUGCACAAGACAGGACGAAUUGACAAAUCCUACCCUACAGUGUGUGGCCACACAGGACCAGUGCUGGACAUAGACUGGUGUCCACAUAAUGAUCAGGUCAUUGCCAGCGGAUCAGAGGACUGCACUGUUAUGGUUUGGCAGAUCCCAGAAAAUGGACUGACCCUUUCCCUGACUGAACCUGUGGUGAUUUUAGAAGGUCACUCAAAAAGAGUUGGCAUCGUGGCCUGGCACCCGACAGCCCGCAAUGUGCUUCUCAGUGCAGGCUGUGACAAUGCCAUUAUCAUCUGGAACGUGGGGACAGGGGAAGCCCUCAUCAACCUGGACGAUAUGCAUUCAGACAUGAUUUACAACGUCAGCUGGAGCCGAAACGGUAGUCUCAUCUGCACAGCGUCCAAAGACAAGAAAGUGAGGGUCAUCGACCCGAGGAAGCAGGAGAUCGUGGCAGAGAAGGAGAAGGCACACGAAGGAGCCAGGCCUAUGCGUGCCAUCUUCCUGGCUGACGGCAAUGUCUUCACUACUGGCUUUAGCCGCAUGAGCGAGCGGCAGUUGGCACUCUGGAACCCAAAAAAUAUGCAGGAACCAAUUGCCCUCCAUGAAAUGGACACUAGCAAUGGGGUGCUGCUCCCCUUCUAUGACCCGGACACCAGCAUCAUUUACUUGUGUGGGAAGGGUGACAGCAGUAUCCGCUAUUUUGAGAUCACGGACGAAUCCCCGUAUGUCCACUACCUCAACACGUUCAGCAGCAAGGAGCCGCAGCGGGGGAUGGGCUACAUGCCCAAGCGGGGACUCGAUGUCAACAAGUGUGAGAUUGCCAGAUUCUUCAAGCUUCAUGAGAGAAAGUGUGAACCCAUUAUCAUGACUGUCCCCCGGAAGUCUGACCUCUUCCAAGACGACCUGUACCCUGACACGGCAGGCCCGGAUGCUGCACUUGAGGCCGAGGAGUGGUUUGAGGGGAAGGACGCAGACCCUGUCCUCAUCUCCCUCAAGCACGGCUACAUUCCAGGCAAGAACAGGGACCUCAAGGUGGUCAGGAAGAACAUUCUGGACAGCAAGCCGGCUGCAAACAAGAAGACAGAUCUUAUCUGUGCCUCCAAGAAGACCACAGACACGGCCGGUGUGCAAAACGAAGCCAAGUUGGAUGAGAUUCUGAAAGAGAUCAAGUCCAUAAAGGACACAAUCUGCAGUCAAGACGAGCGAAUUUCAAAGUUGGAGCAGCAGCUGGCGAAGAUGGCGGCCUGAGGCCCAGCACCUCCACAGACGCCGCUGCUCGUGCGUGCUCCACGGAGGGCACACAGCCAUUUCAGAUCUGUCAGCCAGCGAUAGGCCACCUUCCAGUAAGAACUCGAUUCCUCUCCCAAAUUCACGAAAACAUGAGAGCUGAGCUUUUUACGGGGCGCUUCUGAUGUUUGACGGGUCUGGCGACCUGUUGAGCUGCACUACAUUUGAAAUGCCAGAUACUCUGAAUUUUAGCAAACAAGCCCCUGACCCAGUGUCCUCCCCAUACACCUCCUGACGACCGGCGAUGCCACCUCUGCUCCGUCUCUUCCUUCUUAAUGUUGCCAAAACCGGAAGUAGCUUUUUUUUUUCCUUUGUAUUUUGCUACUUUGCAGUAUUUGUGUGGUUUUUUUUUUUUUUUUUUCCUCCUCAAUUUGAAAGGGACAGCACUGUGUAUGUUUAUAAACUAAAUGAAGAUGAGAUGAUUAUUUUAUAUAAACACGAGAACAAUCAGCACAGCCGCGCAGGGCUGGUUCACUCACAGCACAAACCUGGGCGUCUGACGACCGUCCAGCAGGAAGACUUGAGAAAUCAUGUGUACCCACACACUGCCCCGUUCCCUCGAGUCUUCGACCAAAAGCUCUUGUCCUGUCUCUCCUUGCUCGCUCGUUCCCAGAAGUUGGGUGGUUGCACAGAUGGAAAUCAGCUCCUUGAUGCUGUGCCUCAGUGAUUAUAAUCUAACCCAAACUAGCUCUGUUUCUGCAGCUUUGUUCUCCGCAGAUGGUCGCCCCGUCGCUUCCAGCAAUGUGGCUCACUUCCGGGCUGUUUUGGACAAGGGUAGCCAAGGCGAGUGGAUACCCGUGUGUUGACGGUCCUUGUUCACUGAGGCAGCUUGCCUAGCUAGCCCUUGAGUGUAGUGUGGGGCUUGAACCCAGGUGCCGUGCACACAGCCUCUGCCCUAGACCCUCCAUUUCCCUCCCUCCUGUCUUCCCUCCUCACUUUGCUGCCUCCUGUCUCCAGUCCCCGAGGGCUCUUGAAUGUUGCAGCUGAGGGAAAGGUCCAGAACAAAAAGUACCUUCCUGGCCUCACGGUGCAUGGCUGCAAAAGCGGACGACCGGAUAGUGUCAGAGGGAUCACGGACGGCAAGCCUUGGCAUGUGUUCGCGCGGGUGCAGGCACAGUGCUGCCUGCCAGCAAAUGGACAGGUUAUCAGGACAGAGGCAUAGUGUGGCAGCAGCUGCUGAGAGGGUGUGGACUGACUGGGUACUGUUGUAAGAAAAGGUUCUCUCAGCCACCUAGACGGGGGUCGCUGGCACCGCAGCUUCAGGGCACCUGAGCCUUCACGGGUCUUUGUGUCUGGCUGGCGUUUUGAUGUUGGGUAAUGAGAUGGAGAGAAAAUGGCUGGAAUGACUCCUCUGUCUGUACGUGGUCUGUACGGGUGGUGUGCUGAGGACCUGUUUCAAGAUUCAUAAAUGUUCUGGGGUCAGUUGAAUUAAUUAAGUAAGCAGUUGUAGAGGCUGGCGAUGAAGCCAGGGGGGGGAUGAGGUUCAGGGGAAGGAGUGGUUGGCGUGUGUGCCAGGCUGAGCAGGCACCGGCACGCUGUGGGGGGCUGUUUCCCUGUUUUGUCUUAAAGCCGUGGCACCGGAGGACAGUGAGCUGCUCCUACACCCACUCUUAUAGAGUGGCCAUAGUGUUCUGUCAACACUCACUUCCGUUUUCAGAGAUAAAAGACAUUGAUUACAA